UUGAAAGGGCUUGGUUAAUCAUCAGCACUUUUCUUACGAAACUUACAAGUAUACAUGUCUGAAAUGAUCCUGUAAAUCAUUCAAGUAAUUUUUUGCUGCACCUUGAGAAACUGGGGAGGGGAGGAAAUCAACGCCUUCGAGUAACUGGCUACUGUCUUUGAAAAACAGCAGACGAAAAAGAAAAAGAUGAGGAAAGAGCAGUGCGGCCAGGUGGAAGAAGAAAAUGAAAAUGAAAAAAGCAAGAUACAGCUUCAAAGAACUAUCGGAUAUUUUGAUGGUGUUUGCUUCAUAGUGGGUACAAUAGUAGGGGCAGGGAUCUUUGUCUCUCCAACUGGAGUGUUGAAAUAUUCUUUACUCAAUGUUGGCGUAGCAUUGAUCAUCUGGACUGCUUGUGGCAUCGUAUCUUUGAUGGGUGCUUUGUGUUACGCAGAGCUUGGCACGGCUUUACCACUUUCGGGUGGUGAAUACAGCCACAUCAAGAGAGCUCUUGGUUCUCCCCUAGCUUUCAUCUUUAUGUGGACCGCCGUGUUCAACAAACCUGCCUCAAAUGCUGCUCGGGCCUUAUUGUUUGCUGAAUAUGCUACCCAGCCAUUCUAUGGCGAGUGCCCGGCUCCAGAACUGCUGAAGAAAUGUUUGGCGUUGGCUGUUCUCUGGUUCCUUGGGAUCCUCAAUGGUCGAAGUGUCAAGAUGGCUGCUUGGGUGCAGACAGUUUUUACCAUCCUGAAGAUGAUGGCUUUGUCUGUAAUCGCUAUUGGCGGGAUUGUCCUGUUGAUAGGAGGAAGGAAAGAGAACUUGGCAAGGUUUGAGAAUGCUUUCAGUUCUGAGAUUCCCAAUGCUGUGGAGAUUGCAGAAGCAUUUUUCCAAGGGCUGUAUGCAUAUGGUGGCUGGUGGUCUCUCAAUUAUUUGGCAGAGGAGCUGAAAAACCCUAGCAGAAACAUUCCGUGGACUGUGAUGACUGCAGUUCCUUCAGUAACUGUGUUUUAUUUGCUGGUAAACAUUUCGUACUUAACAGUUCUCACACCAAAGGAAAUUGUCUCCUCAGUUGCUGUAGCCGUUACUUGGGCUAAUAGAGUGAUCCCUUCAGUGGCUUGGAUGAUUCCUCUUUCCGUGGCCAUUUCAAUAUUUGGUGCCCUCAACAGCAGCAUGUUUACACUAGGACGACUGAGCUACGCUGGGAGUCAGUCCGGACACUUGCCCAGCAUAAUAUCCAUGAUCAACAUCCAGUACCACACUCCAUCACCAGCCAUGAUUUUCUCAACUGUUAUAGCAUCCAUUUUCAUCAUCCCAUCAGAUCUUAUUGCUCUAACCAAUUAUUUUGGAUUCUCUGUUUGGCUCAUGAUUGGAUUAACAUGCUCCAGCCUGAUAGUCCUUCGGUACCGGGAGCCUGAUCUGCACCGGCCGUACAAGGUGUUUUUACCAGUUGCUUUUGCAAUGGUGGCAGUUUCAUUAUUCUUAGUUUUGGCUCCCAUUGUCUGGUCUCCAAAGGUGCAGUACAUCUACGCUUCCCUUUUCAUGCUUGGAAGUCUUCUGUUUUAUCUGCCUUUUGUACAUUUUAAAAUACAUUUCAGGUUUGUUGACAACAUUACUUGCUAUCUACAGCUGCUCCUAGAGGUUUCACCUGCUAGUUAUAAAUCUGACUAAGGACAAAGAUUUGUUUUCUUCCAUAUUAACUGGAAAUGAACAUGGCUAGGAUCCAGCACAGCACUAGGGAAAAGCUAUUCAUACAGAUGGAGUUUCGUGUCUCUUUUCUCCAUUGCAGUACCCCCAGCCCCUGAAAAUCUGCUCCUUAUAAGUGAGGAGCUGCAUGGCAGGGCCCAGUUCUCAGAAAAUAUGCUUUUUGGUACGACACCUUCCAGAAUCCCCUAUCCGAAAUGAUUAUUGAUUCUGCUGGCUGGGAGAUGCUGAAAAUUGUUAUCUAACCUCCCCCUCAACCAAUUUUUCCCCAAGCUCUGAGAAAGCCUCUUUGUACAAGUCGUAGUUUGGAUCCAAGCCAAUGUCUCCUGAAGUUAUGAAUGAGCUAAGCUGAGCUGUCACCUGAUUAAAGAAACCUUAGUCAAUUGAGUCAUCAAUCAAAUCUGCAUAGGUUAUCAUAUAAUCCUUUAAUAAUAGUCUCGGGAUACGGGGAGGGGGGGAAAGGAUAGCAAUAUAUCUCAGAAGAAACAUCCAUGAAGGAGAAGGUGAUACAUUUUUUCUUACAUGAUGGCUGUUCUGACAAAUGAGCAUCGUUUGUAACAGGGUUGAGAAAUCUUCUACACUCCAAUUCUUUCCAACUAUAAUUCCCAAAUUCCUUACUUUUGGUCAUGCUGGCCAGGAUUUCGGAACAAUGCAGUCCCUAACAUCUCAAGGGACAAAGUUUCCCCAGGCUGGUGCAGCCAAUGUUCUCUCUUCAUAGUAGCCAUCAUUUAGCAUUUUGUCUUUUAGUUUAUGGGGUUCCUCCAGGGUUGGGGACCCAAGCUGUGUGAUUCGCUGUCAAGUCAGACUUUAGUCACACCAGCAACUUGACUUGGAUGAAACUCAUAGUGUUGUUUUUUUUCAGUGACUCAGACUCAACUGGUGACUCAGACCCAUUUUUCCGAGUCGUAUUUUCAAGUCCUUUUUCUUUUAAUGAAAUAUACCAUAAACUGAAAGAAGCUGUGCAGUGUUCACCAGAAGACACAGGAGAGGCAGGCAAAUGGUAGCCACUGGUUGUUGCAACAGGGAGGAAGGGUUUUCAAGAGGGUUGGGGGGGUGGAGGGGUGAAUGAAGGUGAGGCAGGCAGGGCAGAUGGGUUCAAAAGUGGAGGGGAAGGUUCAUAAGCUUCAGGCUUCCCCACACACCCCUCCCUUUUUCUGGGGAAAAAAACCUUGUUUUUAAUAGGGACUCACACUUGGGACUUGGUAACAAAGACUCACGCUUGAAGUUGGGACUUGGACCCAAAUACUUGACAACAUCCCUGGGCUGCUCUAAGAUGCCUCUUUUACUUUCCAUCUGCCAUUUUGAUAGGUAUUUACACUGAAAAUAAAUUUUAAAAGGCACAGACCGCUGCCUGGUUUAUUUUCGUUUAGUUGUUUAGUCGUGUCCGACUCUUCGUGACCCCAUGGACCAGAGCACGCCAGGCCCUCCUAUCUUCCACUGCCUCCCGGUUUAUUAGGCAGGCUUUAUAUAGUGAUGGGUAUAUUUUUAAAUUCAUUGAUUUAUGGUAUAGGACUAUGCAUGCUUAUUCAGAAAUAAGACCUGUUAUGUCCAACAAGGAUUAUUGGCAGGUAAGUAUAUAGCAGAAUUUCACACACAGCAUGUUUAGUCAGAGAUGAGUUCCCAGCUGAGAGUGUAUAUAAUUGCAAUCUUAACCAAUUAAUUCACUAAACAUUGGAGUCAUUAAACCAGCUGUGCUCAUUGGUCCAUUGAAAACUCAUGGGAUGUUAUUGUCAUUUUUAAAAAGGAUCGCUUCUGAAACAUUUCAUAUCUUAUGCAAUCCCUUUCGUUUCAUAUGGUCAAGAUGAAAAUCGAACACUAUAUUGGACCAAAUCUAAUGUUACUGCUAUAUAAAGUAGACCAAUGGUUCCAAAGCUUGGGUAACCCAGGUGUUUUUGGACUGCAAAUCCCAGAAACCCUGGCCAGCACAGCUACUGGGGAAGGAUUCUGGGAGCUGCACUUCAAGAACACCUGGGUUGCUCAAGAUUGGGAACCAAGUAGACCUAUUGGCAUCAAAGGAUGUAAAUCAGUUGUUACUAGCAAAUAUCAUUCAAUUCAAUGGGUUUGCUCUAGAUUGGGAUUAAUAUUGGCUUUACUUUAUUCAUGAAAUCUGUAAAAGUCUGAUUGCUACAAAUUUUAUAUCUUUGAGAUUUUUUUAAUAUUGGUUAUUAGCAUUUCUUUAUUUCAGCAGCCUAGUAUUUUUAUUGUUGUCAAUGUUUUACUUUUUUUAUUGUUGCUCUCUUUAUCUGUAUAUCUACUGUAAAUCACUCAGAGGUUAAAUCUUGGGGAAAGUUAUCUUUUUCUGCACUAUAACCCCUUGUAUCUUCCAUCCGGACACCAGUCAUGUGGGGUUGGGAGAUUUCUGGAAGUUGUAAUCCAAAAAAGUAACUUCCUAAAUUCUGUCUAAAAUCUAUUGCUAGAUCUCACAUCCAUGUUCUGCUUACUGCUGCUUUAUAAAAUGCUAAAUGAUUUUGCAUUUUGUGGACAAGCUGAUGCUGUCUGCCCUAAACCUUCAUGAUAGGGGAUCAUUAGAAAUAUAAGAAUGCACAAACCAAAUGGAAUACCUUGUUCUUCUGAUUCUUUCUUGAUCUCUGCUGAUCUGCUCUUGUCACUCUCCUUGCCUUGUUUACUUAAAUUGUUUACCCAAACUGUCUGGAUUUAAUUUUAAAACCCUUUGAGACAGGGAACUUUGUGUCUCUGCUAACGUUGUUCUGUAAAGUUCCAUU